UGAGAGAUGCGCACUUAAUUAACUUCUUUUAUUUUUAUCGUCCUGAGAGCCCCUCUGUCCUCCGUCACAAUUCCCCCCCAGAGCGGCUCCGCGGGUUUUCUGUCGUCCAUCUGUCCCCGGACCGCGCGGAGGAAGUGGUCGGUGGUCUUUCUGGUCACCGCCGUCGUGAUGGUUCUGCUGGCUCUGGCCGUCGCCGUCCCGCUCCUGCUGCUGCGCACCUCCGAGACCUCCGCUCAUUACUACGAGAUGAUGGGCACCUGUCGGAUGGUCUGCGACCCGUACACCCCAAAACCGGGAGGCGCCACCGCCAUGGAGGUGAUCCAGAACGUGAACGGCGUCAACCCGCAGCCGCCGAUGGCGCAGGGGAGCCGCGGGGAGCCGGGGCGACCGGGUAAGCCUGGAUCUAGGGGCCCACCGGGAGAGCCAGGACCCCCGGGUCCGAGGGGGCCACCUGGAGAGCGCGGCGACAGCAAAUUCGCCUUCCCUGCAUUAACGGGACUUAACGGGGCCGGGAACGGGAACGGGGAAACGGACGGUGUGAACUCCACGACCAACAGCUUCAGGAUCGCUUUUUACGUGGGUCUGAAGAACCCACACGAGGGAUAUGAGGUGUUAAAGUUUGACGACGUGAUUACAAACUUGGGGAACCACUACGAUGCGAGCACCGGCAAGUUCACCUGCCAUGUGUCCGGGAUCUAUUUCUUCACCUACCAUGUGCUGAUGCGCGGAGGGGACGGGACCAGCAUGUGGGCCGACCUGUGCAAAAACGGACAGGUACGGGCCAGCGCCAUAGCUCAAGACGCAGACCAGAACUACGACUACGCCAGCAAUAGUGCCGUGCUGCAUUUGGACUCUGGGGACGAGAUCUACGUCAAACUGGACGGAGGCAAAGCUCAUGGAGGCAACAACAACAAGUACAGCACCUUCUCCGGCUUCAUCUUGUACCCCGACUAAAAGCUCAGCGGGCUUAAGCACCGAGAACUGUUUCCAUUAGAGUAUAUGGUCCGAUAUGUUCCUCCUCGUUUGAAGAUAGGUGCCACAACACACAGGCUACUGUAUGUUCUGUUUAUUUAGUGACAGACCUUUUGUAUAUGUGUUCGAUUUAACUUCAGUUCAGCUGCUCUACUGUCACCAGAGUACGUCUCUUAUUAUCAGAAAGCUGAUGUUCCAGGUGAUCACACACACAUACAUGCUCUGAGCUGUUUUUUUAAAAGUUUAUUUUGCCACAUUUCACAGCCCCAGUACAGGCCUCACCAACUGCUCUCUGUGUGUUAAUGGUGCCCAAUAUUUCAGGCUUAAAUUAGACAGAAAUCAGCUGAAAUUAAGAGAAAAAAUGAAUACCA